UUGAACACCCACUACUUGUCCUUCAUUUCCUCCCUAUAUCCCCUCUAUCUUUAUUAUAUCUAUAUUCCUAAAAUGUCAUGUGACAAAGAAUUAACACUUCACAAUGUAGGAGACGUAGAUAAAUUCAUAGAACAGUUGCCCAGAGCCCUUUUUGCGGACAAAAUUGAACUUUGUCAAUGGGAAGGUUUUUGGUGCUGGCCUACCAUUAUAAAGGCAGCCAUGAAGUUCAAGGCAACCUUCAAAACAGACCCUACAUGAAAACAGGUACAACAUGGCUCAAGGCCAUAUGUGUAUGCAUCAUGCGAGGUAAUAAAGAGGAAGAAGACCUCUUAAUUAAAGAUAUUCCUCAUUUUCAUGUUCCAACAAUAGAGGUGGGGAACUCUUUUACAAAUAUUCCAAUUGGUGAUGUAUACACAAUGCCCUCUCCAAGACUAUUUCACACUCAUUUACCUUAUAGGGUUCUGCCAGAUUCAGUUAAAAAUUCAGAUAAUUGCAAAAUUAUAUAUAUAGCUAGAAAUCCUAUGGAUACCUUAAUUUCCAUGUGGCAUUUCUUCAAUAACUAUAAGCCUGUAGAAAAGUUCUUCUCUUUAGAAAAAGCUAUUUGGAGAAAGUUUUGUGGAGGUGUAGCUUGGAGAGGCUUAAGAAUUUGGAGGUUAAUAAGAGCGGAUCACUCUUCACUGUAGUUCCUAAUAGUUCAUUUUUUAGGAAAGGGAUUGUUGGAGAUUGGAAAAAUUACAUGACACCUGAAAUGGAAGAUAAACUUGAGAAGAUUACUAGCUUGAAGCUCCAAGGGAGUGGCCUUGAACUUUGACUCUUUAGUUAUCUCAUUCGGAGAAAUAUUCAGGAUUUCAAGUUUAUGGAGAUCGAGAUGAUAUAUCAUAAUAAGUUGGUUCACAUUCAAAAAAGCUAAUGAAUUCCUGUGAAUUCAUAUGUUCUACUCUAAAUUCGCUACUGAUCUCAUCCUUUUCCAUUUUUCUUCUCUCACUCUUUUUAUUCCAUUGAUCUUUUCUUUUAAAUUAUGGUGUAAGGUUUUAACUAUAAGCUUGUUUGUUAAUGAAAAUAUUUAAUAUCUCU